AUGGCUGAAGCUAUCUUGAGUCAAGGCUUUGGAUAUGGAAUCGUCCUGGGAUUCGGAUUGGUGUUUGCGGCCCUCAUGACAUUGAUUACCAUGAUCCAGAAGCGCUUCCUCGGCGAAAAAAUCGACUCGGAAGAGUACAUGGCUGCCGGUCGUAACGUCAAGACGGGUCUCGUCGCCUCUGCUGUGGUCUCUUCUUGGACAUGGGCAGCAACCUUGUUGCAGUCUUCUUCGGUCGCUUACAAGUAUGGUAUCUCCGGGCCCUUCUGGUACGCCUCUGGUGCCUCUGUCCAGGUGCUGUUGUUCUCGGUGCUGGCGAUUGAACUCAAACGCAAGUGCCCGAAUGCCCACACUUUCCUCGAGAUCAUCUCUAUCCGCUACGGUCGCAAUGCCCACUUCGUCUUCUUGUUCUUCGGUCUCUUGACCAACAUCAUUGUCAGUGCCAUGUUGCUCCUUGGCGGAUCCGCCGUCGUUACUGCCCUCACAGGCAUGAACACCUACGCAGCUUGCUUUCUCCUUCCCCUCGGCGUCAUCAUCUACACCCUAUUUGGCGGACUCAAGGCAACCUUCAUUGCUGACUACACCCACACCGUCGUCAUCAUGAUCAUUGUCCUCCUCUUCAGCUUCACCGCCUACACCACCUCGGACUUGAUCGGCAGUCCUGGCGCCAUGUUUGAGCUCCUCCAGCAGGCAUCCAUCCGUCACCCCGUCAGUGGAAACCAUGAGGGAUCUUACCUCACCAUGGCUUCGUCGCAGGGUCUUAUGUUUGGAAUCAUUAACCUGUGCUCCAACUUUGGAACUGUCUUUAUUGAUAACGCCUACUGGCAGCGUGCUAUUGCUGCAUCCCCUCACUCGACCGUCAAGGCUUAUCUGAUCGGUGGACUCUCCUGGUUCGCUAUUCCUUUCACUUUGGCGACCACCCUCGGAAUCUCGGCUGUCGCUCUGGAGAACCACCCCAACUUUCCUAGCUUUCCCAACCGUCUGACGACAGCCGAUGUCGGUGCUGGAUUGGUUGCCCCCAACGCUGCUGUUGCUCUCCUCGGUAAAGGAGGUGCUGUUGCCGUCUUGUUGUUGGUCUUUAUGGCUGUUACUUCUGCGGCCAGUGCUGAGCUGAUUGCAGUCAGUUCGAUUGUUACCUUUGAUGUCUACAAGGCUUACAUCAAGCCCGACGCCACCGGAAAGCAGAUUAUUACGGUCUCGCAUGCUAUUGUUGCGUCCUUUGGAAUCAUCAUGGGUGUCCUUGCUAUUAUUCUCAAGGAGGCCGGCAUUGAUCUUGGCUACCUCUAUUCCCUGAUGGGAGUGUUGAUUUCGUCUGCGGUGUUGCCAGUGACAUUCUCGUUGAUGUGGAAGAAACAGAGCGCGACCGCCGCAAUCGUCGCCCCUCUCGGAGGACUCGUUAUCUCCCUCACCGCAUGGUUGGUCUGCGCCAAACUCUACUCGGGCGAGAUCACCCUUGCAUCUACAGGAACUGACCAGGCCAUGCUUGCCGGAAACCUGGGUGCUCUCAUCAGCGGAGGCGCCAUUUCGGUUAUUAUUACCUUGAUUAAGCCCGACAACUAUACCUUUGAUGGCACCCGUGCUCUCCAGCAGGUCACUGACGAUUCCCCCGGCGGCAUGCCCUCCACUGACUCUUCUUCCGACGACGGUUCUCUCGAAGAGAAGAAGAAGGGCGGUGAGAAGGCAGAGGUUACAAGCGUGGACGUUCCCGCACCCAAGGGAGGCUGGACAUUCUCGGCCGAAGAGGACGCAAAACUCGCCAAAGCCUCCCGCUUCGCCCGUUGGAGCUCCGGUGUCCUCACCGUCAUCCUCAUCCUCCUCUGGCCGUUGCCAAUGUUCUUUUCGAACUAUGUGUUCACGAAGGGAUUCUAUACUGGCUGGGUGGUGUUGAGUAUUGUGUGGGCGAUUUGUUCGACGAUUGCCGUGACGAUUUAUCCGAUUUGGGAGUCCCGGGGUGCGAUUGCCGAGGUUGGGAGGGGUAUUUGGGGGAUGGUGACCCGCAAGUCUUCUACCGCUGCUGUUUGA